UUUUAUUCUGCCCGCCGCUUCGCUCACGCGGCCACGCCUCCCGCUCUUCCUCCCCGCCACACUCGCCCCACGCAGGAGAGGAGGAGAGCCGCCGGGCCUGGAAGCUUCUCCGCGGCGCUGCGUCGCCAGCUCGCAGCGAAGGUGGAAGAUGCGCUUGGACACCUGGGCCCACUCAGCAGAAAAAACGGAAUGCGCGCGCGGUGUGGUGUUGCAUCGAGUCCCUGUGCUACGGGCCCGCAUGUCAGUGCCUGCUGAGGAGGGGAGAGCUGCCCCCACAUGCUGGUGCCAGGGAUUGUUAUGGGCCGGUGGCUGAGGUUUCGACCCAGAUUUCAAGGUGCUGGUGAAUCUGGCUUGGCCACAUAGAUCUUUUUUAUUGUUGUCCUCAGAAGACAGGUUUGCUGAGACUGCUUUCUGUCUACUGUAAAUUGAUGAAAUUUUGGUGAUCAUAUACUAUGGAAAAAAAGACAGUUCACGUUCUGGCUGAGGGUAAUGGUGAGAUUGAAAAUGGUACGAGCUCUAGUCAGAAUCCUGAGACCCUUGAGCAUCCAGUUUUGCUGUCUGCAUCUCAAACUGUGCCAAAUAACUUGGGGAUAAGGAAAAACUAUAAAAGGGCAGCAAACAGAGGUAAAAAGGGUUCCCAAGGACUAACAGGUCAGGCAUAUACUUUGAGGUCAUCUGAUAUUGAUGUCAGGGUGCUUCGCUCUACAUCAGGUUCAAAGACAACAUCUACUGAGCAUGUGCAGCCUCCAGGACAACCAGCUGCCAAGAGAAGAAAAAGGAGCAGAGCCUCAAACAAAAAUUCGACAGAUGAGUUCUCACAAAUUCGUAAACGGGUUAGAUACAUUUUGAACCGAAUGAAUUAUGAGCAAAGCCUAAUUGAAGCUUAUGCUAGUGAAGGCUGGAAAAAUCAAAGUUUGGAUAAGAUAAGACCUGAGAAGGAGCUUGAACGAGCCAAAUCAGAAAUCUUACGAUGCAAAUUGAGAAUACGGGAAGUCUUCCAAAAUAUUGAUUCUCUUCUAUCCAAGGGGAAAAUUGACGAAUCUUUAUUUGAUUCUGAAGGAGAAAUAUCUUGUGAAGAUAUCUUUUGUGCUACUUGUGGUUCGAAAAAUGCUACAUUGGGUAAUGAUAUCAUUCUCUGUGAUGGAGCUUGUGACAGAGGGUUCCACCAGAACUGUCUAAAUCCUCCUCUGCGUACUGAAGAUAUUCCCAUGGGAGAUGAAGGAUGGCUCUGCCCAGCAUGUGAUUGCAAGUUAGACUGUAUAGAUCUAAUAAAUGAACUCCAGGGCAGUGACAUCUCCAUUGAGGACCCUUGGGAGAAAGUUUUUCCAGAGGCAGCUGCUAUGACCAAUGGCUCUAAGCAAGAUGAAGCAUUUGAUCUUCCAUCUGAUGAUUCGGAUGACAAUGAUUUUGACCCCAAUAUGCCUGAAGAGCAUGUGGCUAGUAAGGAAGAAGGAUCUUCUGAAGAGGAAGAGGAUGAUGACGGAGGAUCAGACUCUGACGACUCUGACUUCUUAACCUGUUCUGAUGAUUUGGAACCUUUGAUAGAUAAAAAGAAGGUUGAUGACCUGGGAUUACCUUCUGAAGAUUCAGAGGAUGAUGACUAUGAUCCAGCAGGUCCUGAUUCGGAUAAAGAUGUCGAAAAGAAGUCAAAUUCUGAUGAGUCUGAUUUCACGUCUGACUCGGAUGAUUUUUGUAAGGAGAUUAAAAAAUCUGGUGGACAUGAUGAAGUUUCAUCGCCUCCAUUACCCGAUGUCAGGGUGGGUGAUAUGGAAAAGAACACUGCUCAGUCUAACACAACAAGUUCUGCUGACGACCCUAUGGAGAUUGAAAUAGACCAGAGUGUGGUUUUACCAGCUUCCACUUCUCCUCCUCCCGCUCCCGUUUCCGCUCCCGUCACCCUUGCUGCACCAGCUUCCACUGCCCCUCCUCCCGCUCCCGUUUUCGCUCCUCUUAUCCCACCUGCUCGCUUCCGGGAGCGCGAUGAGACUGAGGUGCGACCUCUAGCUGCAGAUCCUAGGUUGUUUGACCUUCAGCGUGCUACAGCAGCACGGGUACGUCGGUUCAGAUAUGUACCCGUGGAGUCUUGGUUACCGGCUCAGAGGGACCCUGCUGCAGUUGACCUCUUUAGCACCCGUAUUCAGGAGUCCUUUUUCAGAGCCCAGAUGUCUGCACAGAUUGCUCUGCGAGUGCACCGGCUUUUGGACCUUCCCGCUUUUCUGCUAGCCGCCGGUGCUGACUCUGAGGUGCACCUCUCUUAUCUGCCUGGCCUUCUUACUCUUUUGACUACUAGCGGCAGGUAUGUUGAGGAAUGGGUCCGAGUUUUCUACGCGACUGUAUGGAUCGACCCUAAUCACCACUGGAUGAGGUUUCGUUUUGAGCGAGAGGAUGUCACUAUUUAUGCCAGCCAGAUUCGCCAGCUAUUUGGAUUUCACGAGUCAUCGACUCGUCUUCACAGCUUAUGCUAUGGCACCUCUGACCCUCCUCGUCGCCCUCACGGCGGUGUUGCUCCGGGUACAGCUUACGUCGCGGCUCUGUUCCGACCGCCCUUCUCAGAUGGGUCGCGACGCUCACCGGCAGAUUUCACCACAACAGCAAAGUUUCUCUAUCAGCUUAUGAGACGGACACUUCUGCCGCGGAUAGGGUACAGGGAGGCCACCACUCAUAUCCAGCUCUGGCUCCUUGGUGCCCUGAUAUCUCACUCAGAGUUCGAUGUUGUGGAUUUCCUUAUUUGUGAGAUCGAGGACACCAUUCUGGAUGGUCUGCGUGCACGACGACAGCUGCCAUAUGCUCACUAUCUAUGUCACAUUUUUGCUCAGCUGAUUCGACCUCCACAGUUCCAGGGCACACUUGAGGUCUCACGCCUCGUCUUUGGGUCCUACCGUCCAGCGCCUGAGGAUCCUGUGCCAGCACCUGCUCCAGUAUUUGACACUCAGGCCGAGGAUACUGCCCUUCAUCAGUUCGAAGCUCAGGACACAGCAGUUGAUAAUAAUGAUUUUGGGAUUCCGCCUCCUAUGCCUCCACGCUCACAUGAUCAUGAGGUUGAGAGUUCUCGUGCUACCCCUGCUGCCCCUCCUGCCAUUGACCCUGCUUUUGCUUCGAUUCUCCAGACACUUACUCAGCAACAGGCUCACUUGGCAGCCGAGCAGACCCGCCAGGCAGCAGCCCAUCAGCAGUUGACCGAGAGAAUGCUCUCGAUGUUUCAGACAAUACAGGACAAGCAUGAUUCUCUUAUGCAGCAGCUUCUUCAGGAUCGGGCUGAGAGAAGGGCAUUAAUGACUCUUAUGCUACAUCAUUCUGGUAUAUUGAUUCCCCCGGUUCAGUCAGUCCUGCCUCCACCUCUUCAGGCUCCUGUUGUGCCAACGAUUCAGCCAGGACCCUCUCUUCCUACAGUUGGUCCUUCUUCCUCUCCGCUCCGGUCGGUUACCCUGGCUUUCACGUCACCGGUUUUUAGCUCUGUCUGCCCUCAGCCGUCAGUGCCACCAGCUUCUGCUGUUCCCACUACUGCUAUGGCGGUGUCUGUGACCACUUCAGAUCCGGCAGCCCCUGCAGCGCAGCCUCAGUCCGAGUCAGUAUCAGCUCUAGCUUCUACAGCAGAUCCUGGAUCCGAGACUGACUCUGACCCUCAGCUAGCGUUCGCUCUACUGCCUCGACCGCGACCGGAUGUGCCCCCGCCGCCUCCUCCAACUUCUGAUGCGUAGGCUCGGGUACCCUUUUGGUGUUUGACGCCAAAGGGGGAGAGAUAUGAGUUGUGAGAGCUAGGGGGAGUUAGUUA